CCGUUGUGUUGCUUAUUUGAUUAACAAAAUUCGCAUUUUUAUGACGAAGUCGUUUAAAGACUGCACCGAAGAAGCAUCAGAUGAGAGUUUUACUAGGGUCGAUGAAAACAUCGCGGUAGGCAUCAGCGAUGGCAGACUCAGGCGAUCUAGACCUACUCGGACUACCAAAGCCUAAAGCUAAGAAAGAACGCGAAAAACAAGAAGUUGUAGUCGUUCGAACUGCCCGAGAUGCGCAGCGUUUGCAACUCGAUCGACUCAUGCGACACCCAGAAAAGGAGGUACACAUACCGGAACGGCGGCAGGAAAAUAGAGGACAUAAAGUGCCGGAGUUUGUUCGUAACGUCAUGGGCUCAUCAGCCGGCGCUGGCAGUGGAGAAUUCCACGUUUAUCGUCAACUACGCAAGAAGGAAAUCACCAGAGUGAAACUGAUGGAAGAGCUUGCAGAAAAGGAACGGCUCGAUAAUGAGUUCGCAGCCAGAUUAGCAGCUAAGGAAAAAGCGGCUGAAGAAAAGACAGCUCGUAAGAGGGCGAAAAGAAACAAGAAAAAGCAGAAACUCAAAGACAACAGGAACAAAGCGAAAAAAAGUAAAGCCGAGGCGGGGGCAGAUAAUGAGCCCACACCGGAAAGCGAGGACGAGGCGAGCGGAGAAGACGAAACUCAAGAAAAGAUCUCUGAGACGAACGAUGCGCAGGUUAUGUCCAGACGUGCAAACACAGACGGAGAAUCUAAAAGUUCUGAAAAAAAUAGCUAACUACCAUUGUAUAUUAAAUAAUAUUGUGCAGUUUUGUUGUAUAUA